GUCCUCUAAGAUCUAGCAUUUCCAAGACUAUGUAGAGUCCUCAAAGCAAUGAACUCCCUGGAACCCAACUAGAGAGAGGAAAAUAAAUUAAGAGAAAGGGAAUGGGAAGCCCCUUUCUCUUUCUCUCUUCUUCCUUCUUCCCGGUGGAAAGGGGAGAAAAGGGGGGUUCGGCGGUAGGCAGCCCAUGGCCGGCGACGCUCCAUGGUCGUCGGCCUGUGGCAUGCCGACGGUGCCACGCCCGGCAUCAGCUGGCCAGAACGGAAGAGGAGAAAGCUGAACAGGGUUCGGCUUUCCCCAUUCAAUCCGGCGGCUUCCCGGCUACAAUCCCCAAGAGGUAAUGGCCAAAGAUGAUGGAGGAGGAGGAGGAGGUGCUCACUUUGCCUCCGGCGAGGUCUUCCCGACCGGAUCGACGGCGACCGCUUCGAUUCCUCCUGCGGCAAGGCUCUCCAAAGUUUACAAAGAAAUUCGCUACUCUUAGCAGCUUUGUUAAUUAGGCUUGAAUCGUCUGAUAAAGUGGAUUGAAUCAAGCAAAAGAUUAUACUGGUGCCGGGGCACAUUAUUGGCACCUUAUUUCAUUAGAUCUCUGCAAUUUCCUGUGGUCGUGUAAGUAUAGGAUGGGUGAUCCGCUCGGAAGUCCUCAAAAUUGAAGGAAUAGAGAAAAAAAAAAGGCAAAGGAUCUUGGAAUUUAAUAUAUCAACCGUCAUCAUCAGAUGAGUCUCCCAAUCUUUGGAAGUUUAUUUCUAAUUAUUCAUCGUUACUUGUUUUUUGAGAAAAAUACAAGUUCUGUAUUACCUGUUGUUAUGAUAAUGAUGGAAAACAAUAUUAUGAAUGCUUACAAGAGACCUAUAGAUUCUCUAUUUCCUGUAAAGUUGCUCUCUCAAUUUAUUGGGCUUCACCAGAGGAAUUGAGCAAGCAAAAGUUAGAGAACUUGAAGGCUUUUAAUAAAUGUUUGUUGCUGGGUCUGUGUCAAGCGUCCACCAGUUAGGUGUUUCGCCGGCAUCUUGUGAACACUAAAACUAUGCAAAAGCAUGAAGGUUUGCUCACUCUCACACCAAAAGAUUCCCAUUGAAUGAAUUAAAUGGAUACAAACAAUCUUUUGUUAUUCUAGAAGUGCCUCUUGUUGAAAGAGUCAAUUAGUCAAAUUACCAUGAAUUUAAUUAUUGACCCUAAAAAGUUAAUGAUAGUAAUAUAGACUUGAAUUUAUUGAAUUUCUAACAAGCAAAUGACCAGUUGCUGACAUAAUUUACUCAACAUACAGAGUUUGGUUAGAAUUUAAUAGAAGGAUCACGCCAAAUUCAAAACUAACAAGCAACAAUCCUCAUCUUUUGUGGGCAGUCUCCAAUCCAAGCAUUUCGUUGGCUGGAUUAAAAAAUAUGUGUUUGAUUUUUCUUAGUCUUCUCCUAUUAGUCUCCCUUCGUUAAGAACAAGAGCUCUGUAGAGAAGUUUCCUUUAGAGGAGCCGAUGGUGCCAUGCCUAUUACAUAGAGAAGGAAUAAAAAAACCAAGAGACAGCAGUUAGAAUGUGCAGGUCAAUAUAUUGAAGUCAAUUGAUGGCUUCCUUAGAACCAUUCCCAGGGAUACACCAUCUCCCCAGUUGAGCAAACGAGCAUUUCAUGGCAGUGGCCAAAGAUUCAUCAGCUGGCAUGGAUUCAUCCAAGCAAUUAGGUGUCAUGGGAAUACUCAGAGAAGCCAUGUACAUCCCUGUUAGAAACAAGAAGCUCAUGCUCCCUGUCAUGCUAGUAGCCUUUCUUCCAAGCUCUCUCCUCUCAGUGGAUAACUAUAUUUCCAUCUAUCCAUUACUCUUAAACUUCAUCAUCAACCUAUAUCUCCUUAGUAUCAAGGAACCAAGCACCCCGCAGUUCUACAAUUUACUCCUCCAAAUUAAGGAGGAUGCAGAGGUUUUUGUGCAUGUUGAUAUAAUCUUCCGAGUAGCUUCGUACAUGGUAUCCUUCUCCUCCAUGAUGAUCAUUGUCUAUUUCUCCGCCAUGAUUUACUCCGGGAAGCAACUGACACCCAAGGAUUUAUUCCAAAGGAUCAAAGGAACAUGGAAGCGUCCUUUGGUGACACGCAUCUACUUCACCCUCUUAUUUGUUGGUUACACAGUAACGUCGGUGUCCCUGAUAGCUAUGCUGAUGCUGAAUGCUCGUGGAUCGAUGGUUUUGAUCGUGCUCGGUGCUUUGCUGGCCCUCCUGGCACGGCUCUUUUAUGUCUAUCUGGGUAUGGUAUGGAUGGUGGGGUUGGUGAUCUCGGUAUUGGAAGACGACUGCUAUGGUUUGCAGGCAUUGGAUAAGGCAGGACAUCUUGUGAAGGGAAGGAGGGCACAGGGGUUUCUCAUUGCUGUCAUCUUGUUAAUGGUGGAUGGUGUUCUCAAUGGAGGUUAUGGCUUUGGGAUCCUCAAGGUUCAAUCCGAGCAGGUGACUCACCAGGCCACCGGAUUAAUUGUGCUCAAUAUACUCUUGCUGUUGAAGAUGUUCUCCCAGGUGGUGUACACAGUUUUCUACUAUGAGUGCCAUAAGAGUCAUGGAAGGGAGAUAAAGGUAUCAGGUGACUUCACCUACACAAGGGUGUCUUUUACUCCCAGUGAUGGUGAAGUCCUUCCCUAACAAAGUUAGGGAAUUGUAUCGUUCUCUUCUUCUUCUUUUUUUUUUUUUUGCAUCUCAUCUGUUCUCAUUUCCCAUGCAUCAAGGGCUAUGGGUGUUUUCACUACAUAAUCAUAAUCACAAACUGCAAGAAUAAAGUUUCUUCUUUCGCA